AUGGCUACUGCCACAAUUACUUAUACCAUGUCGCCUUCUACAAGCUCAAUCAUGUGUCAAACAACCACAAAUCCUCCAGCAUUGCCCUGCUUUCAACGCAGAUCUUCAAUUAGACGGGGCACUAUUUCAAGUCUCUCCAAAGAUGUCAGAGUCAAUGACUUUGUAGAGAUUAUCAAGAAACAAAAGGCCAUUCAGCAGAAAGAAAGAGAUGUGGACACAUCCUCAAUGAUGCUUAAACGCAGACACAGCAUGAUGAACAUGUCCAAUCGAGUAGUUACCACCAAGAAGCCCAAUCUACCAUCACGCAUUCGCACCAUGUCAAAUAGUGAUCUCAAGGUAAACGCUGCUGCUAAUGCUGCUGCUGCUGCAACAUAUACCACAGACAACAAUGCCACUACAACUGUUGCCGCUUCUGCCACCUCCCCUUCCGCCACACAUGCUUCAAACAUGGAGAAAGCAUCGUCGGGUAGAAUCCGAUUGGAUGAGAAAAACAAGGGGAAAUGUAAAUCGCCAACGCCAUUUUCUCAAGAGCAGCAACAGAAACAUCAAGAAACAGUGAUCAAUCAUCUGAGAAAGUGUGCUGCUUGUCAUGAAAACAAGAAAGAGAUCAACCUUGCAUCAAAAGGAGUAUCAGCAGCAGAAGUAGCAGCAGCGGCAUCCAGCAUUACAUCUGCAUCCUUUUCUUCUGACAGUACAGUUUCAAGUUGCUCUAGUUUAAGCAGCUACAAGAAUGAAGACACAUUUGAUAGUCAUCCACAACGCGCUUUUAUCAUCAAGGAGCUGAAUCAGUGUAUGGCCGACUAUUCCUCCAAGAUGGAUCAAAUGUUGAACAAGAAGGAGAACAACAUCCAGGCAUGCAAGCAACUUAUUGCACAACAACAAGAGCUAUUGAGUCAAUUGGAAGCAUUGGACAAGGAACUACCUCCAGAGGCUCCACAUCAACCAACGCCUUCUUCUUCUUUACCUCCACCCCCUUCUUCUUCCUCUGUGGAUCUGUUGAAAAGUGUGUUUGCCUUGCGACCCAAGCCACAAAUAGUGAUUCGACAAACAGCAGAUAAGAAUGAAGCAGAUACCAUCUUCUCGUUGGAAGGCGCCUGUACGACAGCGGUAAAUACAUGCUACAUCCCUGACGAGAUCAAAUCUGCUGCUAGCAAGAGUACAACUCAAUACACUUAUACCUUGAACCUCACUCAUCAAGACCGUUUAAACAAAUUUGUAUUGAAGCCAUCCAAUCAAUGGCAAGCCGACCAUCAGGUAGACACCUGCCAAGACAAGCAAUGCGAUCAAGGGUUUAAUUGGUUUCAACGCAAGCAUCACUGCAGAGGGUAA